CUGUAUGUCAUCGUAUUACAACUAUUGAUUAUUAAAGUCGAUAUCAGUAGAGAAAUUCGUUGUAUAGAAUCAGGUCAGCGAUACGAGAAUUAAACAGGAAGUUUUAACUUGUAAUCGCAGGUAUAAGCAAAAUAUAUCGGAAUGUCUAGUGAUAAUACGUUCAUUGUGGCUGCUUUCGAUUUUGGAACCACUUACAGCGGAUAUGCGUUCUCCCUCAAAGACAGUCCGACUGACAUAAAAACAAAUGAAAAAUGGUAUGCCAGCUCUGGUCUGCUUGUCUCCCUGAAAACACCAACGUGUGUACUUCUCAACGAGGCUGGCGAGUUUCUCUCGUUCGGAUUCGACGCGGAAGAACAAUAUUAUUCUCUGACAGGCGAAGAAAAGCACCACCGAUGGAGACUGUUUUCACGGUUUAAGAUGGCCCUGCACAAUGAAAAGGUUAUAUCCCACUCAACUACAAUUGAGGAUUUACAAGGAAAACCGCAUCCAGCAAAGCCAAUAUUUACCAUGAGCAUCCGCUAUCUUCAACAACAUCUGUUGAAAACGUUAGAAUUAAGAUACACGGUGAUAAAGGAGUCUGAUAUCAAGUACAUCAUCACGGUUCCAGCUAUCUGGGGAAUCGCUGCAAAACAGUUCAUGAGGGAGGCCGCCAUCGAGGUACACAAUAUACAAAACGAGGCAGGUAUUGACAGCAAACGAUUGAAACUUGCGCUAGAGCCGGAGGCAGCUGCCAUCUGGAGUGAGUCACUAGGCCAUACGUUGGAAGACCAAAAGUUUCUUGUUGUAGACAUAGGAGGAGGAACUGCUGAUAUCUCUGCUCAUCAGAAAAUGUCAGAUGGCUCAUUAAAGAACAUCCACGCUCCAAGUGGAGGGCCGUGGGGAGGUAUAUAUGUAGAUGAAAACUUCUUGAAAUUUAUAAGAAGUAUAUUUGGAGAGAAUUCUCUUGAAAGUCUUAAAAGUGAUGAUAUGUACGACUUCAUUGAGAUUCUUCGCGACUUCGAAAUGAAGAAGAGGUAAUUCAAAUUUGAUUCUAAUAAUGGCAUAAUCUUUCGCAUUCCGAUUGCGCUGAAAGCCUUUGCGGAAAAGCAUUUCCAUCUGUCCUUAUUGGAUCGACUGAAAUCACUGAAUUACGGCGACAAAGUGUAUCUAAGAAGCCAAGACAAACUUGGAGUAAACUCAUCAGUCAUGCAAAGGUGGUUCGCAGAGCCAGUCUCAGAGAUGGUGGAACAUAUUCAAAAUAUAAUUCAAGAAGAAAGAAAUAAAGACCUAAGUCUAAUUAUAUUAGUUGGAGGGUUUGCGGAGAGUCCCUACGUUCAACAAAGGAUACAAGAAGCGCUACCAGACAAACGGCUAAUAGUGCCUGGAGAGGCGGGUUUGGCCGUGCUCAAGGGAGCCGUGAUGUUUGGACACAAACCUGAUAUCAUAUCAUCAAGGGUUAUGGAUUACACGUACGGGAUAAAUGUGCGUGCUCACUAUCGAGAGAAUUUAUAUCCAGUGGAGAAGAAGGAAUUCAUCGAUGGUGAAUGGAGAGUACGCAAUGUAUUCGAAAUAUUCGUAAGAAUAAAUGAAGAUGUACCUCUUGAUAGCAAGGUGACACAUACAAACUUCAGUUACAGAAAAAGUACAAAAAACGCGGGCUUUACAAUAUACAGAACAAAAGAAAAGAAUCCCGUUUACGUAACAGAUCGAGGAUGUGAACUUUUUGGGCAAUUAAAAUUGCAGAACGACAAAGACACUCAAUUAGAGACGCAAGGCAUAGAAGUUACGUUUAUGUUUGGGGACACUGAGCUUCAUGUGAUGGCUAAGGACACCUCUACAUGUAAGGUAGAGAGCAUGACGCUGGACUUGAACAAGUAGCACGUAUACUUUAAAGUAAAAUCCAUUAGUUACAUUUCAGGAUGAAUGACACCAGAUAUGUGGUGCCGUUUAUUCCCAUUAGCUACGGGCCUUCUUGGAAAACACAAAAGGUAAAAAAAAACAAUGUAUGAAAUAAUUUCCAAACACGAGUCUUCGAUAGUGUGUAUAGGUAUAGAUAAAUGGUGGAUCAUUCUUAAUUAUAUUAAAAUAAAAGAUUGGCGACAUGUUGAUAUGCCCUUUCGUUUAAACUGGAAACCAAUUUACAGAAGCUUCAAUACAGAAUUGUACAAAAAAUUAUAGGUACAAACUCAUUUUUAUUUAAAUUAAUAUAUGUCACUCCUGUCAGCCAACAGUUUUUUUUAUCUGAAAGUGAAAUUAAUAAACACAUAUUUUGGGAAUGUAAGUAUGUCAAUCAGUUAAUAGCAUAAUUGUUUUAUGGAUGUAAUCAUCGUUUGAAUCUUCUAAAUUUGCCUCCAUAUAAACUGGGACACAAAUCAUAAAACUUAAUAUUUGUUUUGAUACACAUGUUUAUUUAUUAUUGUAAAAUGAACAAAAGUAUACACACUCUUAAAGCUACAAAAUCGAACCUGUUGACUGUUUCAUGAAAAAGUAUUGUUCAUUAUUGUAAAAGCUUUUGAUUGUCGAGUACAUAAAAUGUGUUAUACUAUGCAUAUAUAACUUGUUACCUGUGUAUGAUAUUGAGUUGGUUGCUCUCAGCCAUCGCAUACCGAUUGACCAGGAGAAUACAAUAUAUUGAACUGCAAAAGUACGUAUGUUGAUCAUAUUCGGUGAUGUUCUGGCAAUAUGGCAUUUUCGCUGGUUAGCAUGUGUGUUUACCCUAUUGAAGAUAGUGUAAAGGAAGAACUUUUAAAAUGUAUGCGUUAUUGUGGAAAAGUUGCUACUGUAUCAAUACAUACCGUUAUCAUUAUAUGAGGAUGAAGACAACGAUCAGUCAUAAUAUGAAUGAAAUAUGAAAAAUAUGAACGAAAACUAUCGUAAAGGAUCAUCACUUCUUCCGAGACACUGAAAUAAAAGUGUUUACCCUA